UCUGAACCGUUCUCAGAUAACACGCGUCACCAAAACCAGUUCCCAUGUGCUCCGGCGCGUCAUGCAUUUAAACAGAUUAACCACUCACUCACCUUCUCCUACUCCCACAGCUACUCCAUCCAAAAACAAACCCAAAUUAGUAGAGAGAGAGAGAGUGUGAAGCAGAGAGGAACUGAAGUUCGACAGAGAAGAAGACGAAGCCGGCGAUGGUAGACCGGAUGCCUUAGCUUAGGUACCUACAUUUUGAUUCCCUUCGACACGUAUACAUACAAAGAGUGUAUUCGUGUUUUACAAAGCGGUUAAGCAACGGGAAAAGGAUCAAUCUAAUUAAGCAAAGCGAAGUUAAUUCUUGGAAGGGAGGGUUUUACCAAAUUUAAGCACUUUUAAAAGCAGUUCUCACGACUGCAAAAACUUUGCAGAGAGGAAACGAACGACAUUUCAAGUUUUUUCAUCGGAGAUGGUCGCGAUUCGAGGAAGAGAGUUCUUGAUUCUGUCGGUGUUGGUUGUCGGCGUUCUUGUUACGUCGUCGUUUGGCUCCAACGUGACGUACGACCAUCGAGCUCUGGUAAUCGAUGGCAAGCGGAGGGUCUUGAUCUCCGGCUCCAUUCACUACCCUCGCAGCACUCCCGACAUGUGGCCGGACCUCAUUCAGAAAUCUAAAGAUGGAGGACUGGACGUGAUCGAGACCUACGUUUUCUGGAACUUGCACGAACCAGUUCGAAAUCAGUAUGAUUUCGAAGGACGAAAGGAUUUAGUUAAAUUUGUCAAAUUGGUUGCGGAGGCUGGUUUAUAUGUUCAUCUGCGAAUUGGUCCUUACGUCUGUGCUGAAUGGAACUAUGGUGGCUUUCCUCUUUGGUUGCAUUUUAUACCUGGAAUUCAAUUUCGAACUGAUAAUGAGCCAUUCAAGGCAGAAAUGAAGCGAUUUACAGCCAAGAUUGUGGACAUGAUGAAGCAAGAAAAGCUCUAUGCAUCCCAAGGCGGACCCAUUGUCUUAUCUCAGAUUGAAAAUGAAUAUGGGAACAUUGAUUCAGCAUAUGGUUCUGCUGCCAAAACUUAUAUUAAUUGGGCAGCAAGCAUGGCUACUUCUUUGGAUACUGGAGUGCCCUGGGUGAUGUGCCAACAAAAAGAUGCACCUGAUCCUAUGAUCAACACUUGCAAUGGGUUUUAUUGUGACCAGUUCACCCCAAAUUCUGCCCAAAAACCAAAAAUGUGGACUGAGAAUUGGAGUGGAUGGUUUCUUUCUUUUGGCGGUGCUGUGCCCUACAGACCAGUGGAAGACCUUGCUUUUGCUGUGGCACGUUUUUUCCAGCGAGGUGGAACCUUGCAGAAUUAUUACAUGUACCACGGUGGGACCAACUUCGGCCGCACUACUGGUGGACCCUUCAUUGCUACAAGUUAUGACUAUGAUGCUCCAAUCGAUGAGUAUGGACUUAUUAGACAACCUAAGUGGGGCCAUCUAAAAGAUCUUCAUAAAGCCAUAAAGCUUUGUCAAGAGGCAAUGGCGGCCACUGAUCCAACAAUUACCUCUCUUGGUUCAAACUUGGAGGUCAGUGUAUAUAAAACAGGGUCGGGGGUGUGUGCUGCUUUUCUUGCCAAUGUGGGUACCCAAUCUGAUGCAACAGUGAACUUCAAUGGCAAUUCAUAUCAUUUGCCGGCAUGGUCUGUGAGCAUUUUACCUGACUGCAAAAAUGUAGUGCUCAACACUGCAAAGAUAAAUUCUGUGGCUACAAUUCCAGAAUUCGUGCCUCAAUCUUCAAUCGAUGAUGUAAAUCCUUCCGAAGCACUCUCUUCGGGCUGGAGUUGGUUUAAUGAACGAGUUGGUAUCUCAAGUGAAAAUGCAUUCACGAAACUUGGAUUAUUGGAGCAGAUAAAUACAACGUCUGACCAAAGUGACUAUCUUUGGUAUUCACUAAGCUCUGGCAUGCCAAGCAUUGAACCGUUCCUUCAAGAUGGAUCUCAAACAGUUCUUCACGUGGAAUCACUUGGCCAUGCCCUUCAUGCUUUCAUUAAUGGCAAACUUGCAGGGAGUGGAAAAGGUAAGGUUGCCUUGGAGAUUCCCGUAACACUCGUUCCUGGAAAGAACACAAUCGAUCUCUUGAGUUUGACCGUGGGACUUCAGAACUACGGAGCAUUCUUUGAGAAAGCAGCUGCAGGAAUUACUGGUCCAGUGCAGCUGAAAGCUGGAAAUAAUGGAUCUACAGUUGAUCUCUCGUCACAGCACUGGACGUAUCAGAUUGGAUUGAAAGGUGAAGAGUUAGGUCUUCCAAGUGGAGGUUCGUCAGGUUGGGUAUCAGAAUCUACCUUGCCUAAGAAGCAACCCUUGAUUUGGUACAAGAGAAAUUUUGAUGCUCCUUCUGGCAAUAACCCAAUUGCUAUAGACUUCACGGGGAUGGGAAAAGGAGAGGCUUGGGUGAAUGGUCAAAGCAUUGGGCGUUAUUGGCCAAAUUACACCGCUUCAAGUGCUGGUUGCACAAGCUCCUGCAACUACAGAGGAUCUUAUAGUUCAAACAAAUGCCUCAAGAAUUGUGGGAAACCAUCACAGCAACUGUACCAUGUGCCUCGGUCGUGGGUAAAACCAAGUGGGAACAUUCUGGUGUUGUUUGAGGAGAUGGGUGGGGAUCCAACACAGAUAGGUUUUGCCACAAGACAAAUAGGAAGCUUGUGCUCCCAUGUUUCCGAGUCUCACCCACAACCUGUGGACAUGUGGGAUUCAGACCAAAAGACAGGAAGGAAAUCAGGGCCUGUGCUAUUACUGGAAUGCCCUUCCCCUGAUCAGGUCAUUUCUUCAAUCAAGUUUGCAAGCUUCGGAACUCCUAGUGGGACUUGCGGAAGUUUUACCCAUGGUCAGUGCAGCAGCACCAGGGCUCUUUCCAUCGUACAAAAGGCCUGUAUUGGAUCAAAGAGCUGCAGCAUUGGAGUGUCGAUCAGUACAUUUGGCGACCCAUGUGUCAACGUGACCAAGAGUUUAGCAGUAGAAGCAUCCUGUACAUGAACUGAGACCUUGAAGUGAAGCAUUGAACAUCGGGGUUACAACAAUAACAGACCCAUCUAGUCCUCAAUCGAGCAUCGGGGUUGCGAGCAAAAUAUACUCCCCAAGUAAACAUACAACAGAAAUGAACUUUUAAAAUGAAUAACAGCUCUGAAAAUGAAAUGAAUGAUUUCCCAGUACCACUCGUGCAACAGUUUGUCUUAUUCUUCAAAAAAUAUUGAAGAUUGAGACUGUUAGUCAGUUGAAAGAGUGAUGAAGCAGUAAAUUUAUUUGUAAAUUAUUGAACUCGAGGUCGUUCUCGUUAACUCUCUAAAGCAAUGGAAUCACACAAGUUGAUCUCUUCAUGAAA